UAUGGCUGGAAAUAGCAUUGAUAAACCAGAGCAGCCAGUGGCUGUGUUAUGUUCCCGUUAAGACAGGGAAUGGUUUCAGUACUGUUCAGAUCCUGACAUCUCUGUGGAUACUCUAAUUGCGGACAGCCUAUCUGUUCCAGGACUCCUGCGGAGGACUUGAACCAUUCGCGUUCGCUUUACUUGCAGUGUGCAUCCAAGCAAACACUGCGACCGACGGGAGAUCCAGAGAAAUCAGCAACAGAUUUUUUUUUAAGGGAACUGUUUCCUUCAGGAGAGAUUUGCUCGGCCAGCUCUCCCGGAGCAGCUCUCAUGUGUCCGGGAUUGUUACUGCGGGUCUGGGCUCGAUAAGGGUUGAGUAAGUUGAGCGAAGAUGGAAGGGUCUCCGGAGAGGACAACGUGUCGAAGGACCUGUAGCGCAUCUCAGACCUCCAAGCAUUUGCAGCACUGUCCAGACCUGCCCCGGGUUUUUUGCUGCCUCUUGUCAGUUGUGUCUCUGGGGGUUUGCAUUCUAGUGCAUUGCAGGACUUCAGAUCUCCAAACCCGCGUCUCGCAUUUGGAGGAAGAAAGGCAGGUUUAUCAGGCUUGGUUCUCAAUGGACCAAAUGGAACCGGCUAUUUUUAACAGAGUGGAUCAGCUAUUGACCGAGAAACUAAAGGAGCAUUUACCUAAGGUGAGAAUGGCCCGUGGUGUCCCUGGCGCCUGCAUAUGUCCUCCAGGGCCACCAGGAGAAAAAGGAAGACAUGGUCGCAGAGGAGUUCCAGGGCCAGCUGUAAGUACAUGAAACGCUAGUUGUGCC